AUGUUCGCUGGAGACGUGUACGAGAUACGAGGUACAAGGUACGAGAUACGAGACAAGGUACGAGGUACGAGACACAAGGUACGAGAUACGAGAUGCGAGACACGAGACACGAGGUACGAGGUACGAGACACGAGGUACGAGAUACGAGACACAAGGUACGAGAUACGAGGUGCGAGACACGAGACACGAGGUACGAGACACGAGGUACGAGAUACGAGACACAAGGUACGAGAUACGAGAUACGAUAUACGGGAUACGAGGUACGAGACACAAGGUACGAGGUACGAUAUACGAGAUACGAGACACGAGACACGAGGUACGAGAUAUGAGGUACGAGAUACGAGACACGAGGUACGAUGUACGGGGUACGAGAUACGAGAAACGUGGUAUGAGGUUACGAGGUACGAGGUACAAGGCACGAGGACAAGAUAUUGCGUGGUUGAGGAGAAAUAUGAACACAGAUAG